AUUAUUUUAGACAAUAGUGGAUUUAUUGUGAUGCACCCUAGACUUAAAGACACUACAGAUGAAUCCGAUUUUCAUGAACCUAAACAUAUUACUGUCGAGGAGCCUGGUUUUGCAGAGAUAUUGAAGAAUAAAUUAGUGCUGAAUUUCAAAGAAUGCCAAGAUUUCUCUGAGAACACAAAUCUUCGGUCAUUUAGGGUUACCAUGCCAUCAGGAUUUUUGGGUGGAUUGGAUUUUAGGGAUACUGAAGACAAAUUUGAGAUAAGACCUAUUGCUGACAGUAACUUAUUCAUUAUAAGAUUCAAGUCGAGACCAUCAAGCACAUGUUCUUGUGAUGGAUCAAAGUCACCAGAUGUCGUUAAAUGCCAGGAAUCCUGUCAAUGUUUGUGUCAUAUACCAAUUAUCUAUGAUGUUUGCGCAAACAGAUAUAACACGGAAUCAGCCAGUUCACCAUGUAGUGCUAGAAUUCCAGAUACAUCUGGUAAAAACAAGCCUGAUGUUACCGAUGGACUGAAAGCAUGCUUUAUCCCUAGGUGUCAUCUGAAGACAGAAAAACAAGACUGUUAUAGCGAAGCUGAGUGCACGUGGUGUGAGUAUACAGACACUGGACAACAAAUUGCUACGCCAUGUUGUAGGCUGAAAGAAGAUUGUUAUUUUGGUAAAACAAAACCUGACAAAAGAGAUACUUGUGCGCCACUUUCGACAGCAAACCAACCAAAAGGAAAUAAUUCAUACAAAAUAAUUGGGAUAGUCAGUGGAUCAGUCGUUGCUGGAAUAAUACUUACUAUUAUUGUCUUUGGUGGGGUAAAGUAUUUCAGAAAUAGACCAGAUCAAACAGAUCCAUAUAUAGAUGCUAUUGAUGAUCAUGAACUUCCUCAAUACACAGAGAAACAAGAAACUUCUGGUAACAAGGCUAAUCCAAAUUUUUACGAUGGUUUAAAUUAACUAAAUUUGUCGUACAUUGUAGUUAACAGUCACUAUAUCCGACAACAAUUGAUACACUGUAAUAAAUCCAAUUUUGUUAAAGUUUUAUGCCCUACAACUGCAAAUGAUGAAUGUCAGGUGUUUUUAUUAGAUAUUUGCGGAAACUGUCAUACACCUACGAUUAGGAUUACAAUUACGCUUACAGGUAGCAUUUAAUCUUGGGUCGUUUAAAAGUGUAAAUAUAAACCGUCGGUUCAACACAAAGACUUAACUCCUAUGUUUUUUCUAUAGUUGAACAACGGGAUUUCAAAGAAAUAUCGAUAAAAAGUGACAUCUUGGCAGCUUGGGGUGGAAUCGGGACAACUCGGACCCAAAGGCAAAUCGGACUAAGACAACUCGGGCCAAUUUAAAGACAAUUCGGACCACUUUUAUAGACAGCUCGGACCAGUUUGAAAGACAACUCAGACUAGUUUGAAACACUUGUCAGACCAGCGGCUCUUCGUGGUUUUUACGUUAAAUAUGAUUUUUGUUUGUUUUUGUCUAGAUUUUUUUCUUCUCAGUUUCCCCCAACUGACCAUCUUAGCUUGCUGUGACAACUUGUCAGUUAGAUGCAUUUCAAUAAGUUCUGUUACUAUAAAUUGUUUUAUGACGGCCUAACCACAUCAAUUUCAAAAAUAAAACUACAAAUAUCUGUCAAUGCAAUGAAAAUAUAAAGCAGAGAUAUAUUCGUCUUUACAUAUACUGGCCAGUGUUGUAAUAAGUGAUCAUAGAAAUCUUUCAAGAUGGUUGAAAUGCCUUUUACCGUCAGGCACCAAAUGUUCAUUUUCAUCUAUCGUUAGCGACAACUUGAUUCAAUUUAUAUUGUGGUUUGUCAAAUUAUCCUUAUUUAUCAGAGGUCUUAAUUAUUUAAACUUUACCAUUGAAACUGGAAAACAUAUACCAUGAUUCGUCAAAAUAAGUUGAUUUUUUUUUAUCGUCAUGUAGAAAUGAACUCUUUGUUUCUUUGUGAAGUUUUUGUGGACUUUUGUUUGUAUUUUAGUCGGGUUUUUUUUACCAUGGUGGAGUCUUUUUUUUUUUCUACUUAUGGGUUCUAAAUGCCAUUUUGCAUCGUUUCCUCGUUUAAAAAAAAUAAGAGUCUUAAGUUGCAUUAAACAUAUACAUGAAUUACAUUUUAAAUUAAAUCAAGAAUUUCAAAUAAAAUUGAGAAUGGAAAUGGGGAAUAUGUCAAAAAUACAACAACCAGACCAAAGAGCAGAUAACAGCCGAAGGCCACCAAUGGGUCUUCAACGCAGCGAGCAAAUCCCGCACCCGGAGGUGGUCCUCAGCUGGCCCCUAAAUAAAAUUGUGUGCUGGUUCAGUGAAAAUGGACGUCACACUAAACUCCAAAACAUAUAAAGGAACUAAAAUUAAAAAAAACAUACAAGACUAACAAAUGCCAAAGGCUCCUGACUUUGGACAGGCGCAAAAAUGAGGCGGGGUGUAACAUGUUUUGUGAGAUCUCAACCCUCCCUCUAUACCUCUAGCCAAUGUAGAAUAAAUAAACACAUAGCAAUACGCACAGUUAAACUCAGUUCAAAAGAAUUCCGAGUCCGAUGUCAGAAUAGGUAACAACAGAAACUAAGCAUAGACCCUCAAGAACUUCGUUUAGAUAUUCUUAAAGCACUCAGGUUGUCUUUUAAAGUACACGGAUGUCUGUGAACCCUAUUUUAGAUCAGGGCCGUAACUACCGAUGAGGCAGGCGAGGCAGGCCUCGUCUAAAUUUUUGGCCAAAAAAAAAAAUAAUAAGAGAAAAAAAAAAGAAAAUGGAAAAAGGUUGGGCAUGCAGGGGAAGAAAACAUCCUUACAUUUUCAUUUCAUUCAACAAUUAAGUAAUACAUACUUCGAAUAGUAUACACCUAUUGACUGGGUGUGAGGGUAAUAGUAAGUGUGUUGUCCCUGAGAUACCAACUAUUGCUCGAGGCAAAGCCGAGAGCAAUAGUUGGUAUGCGAAGGGACUACAAACUUGCUAUUACCCGCACAACCAGUCAUUAGGUGUUUUAUUAUACUGAACAACACAGUCAUUAAGUGUUUUUAUAUACCAAAUUAACUAAUUUUCUAAAAGUGUACAUAUAUCAUCUGAAAGAAAAGAAAAAAUGUCACAUAACUUGACAUGCACAAGAUGAACUAUACGUUUUUUUUUUAUAGUUCUUCUUGUAUUUGUAAAUAUUUUAUUAAUUGCAAUCAAGACUAGAAAUACUUGUGUUAAAUUUUCCGUGCAUAUGAUAAAUUUAAGCUAAAGUACACCAAACGCAAAUUCGCUUUUAGAAUACGACGACCGAACCCAUAUUAUGAAUAAGGUACUAUAUUUUAGAUCUUUAAAAGAUUUUCUCUCUUUUAUAAUUGCUUCUUGUAAGUGAAAUUACAAUCGACACAAACAGAUUAUACCGUUUACAAUAUUAGAGUUUGACGUUGCCAAGCAAAAUAGUCAAUGACAUCAUUAUUGUCCAAUGAAAAAUAAGCAUGAAAAAGUACGGGAAAGAUGAUUAUGAAACUAUUAACCGGGGUAAUAGUCUUUGAAACUAUUUACUGGCAAAUAGUCUGUGGAAUGAAAUAGCACAACUAUUUCAUUAUUUUUUAUAUAGAAAAAACAUACUGAGGUAUAAUAACAAU